GAGGACGUGUGCACAAUCCUCCUUGCACCACGAGAGGCACCGGUGUCUCUAGUGGUGGCGCCCGCUUCUACGGAGAUUGCAGCUUCUGUCUGAUUGUUUUUCCUUUCCUCCUCCAUCCCUUCCACAUCCCACAGCUUAGGGUAGCAGAACUUCCCACCUGAGGAUUGUGGAGACCAGCUAGGUUGAAAUGGAGAACCGAGAAGCAACAGAUUCUUCUCAGAACGCCAAACAGCACAUUAUUUCAGAGGAGUUGAUUUCGGAAGGAAAAUGGGUCAAAUUUGAAAAAACAACUUACAUGGAUCCUACUGGUAAAACUAGAACUUGGGAAACAGUGAAACUCACAACCAGGAAGGGAAAAUCUGCUGACGCCGUGUCAAUCAUCCCAGUGCUGCAAAGAACUCUUCAUUAUGAGUGUAUUGUUCUGGUAAAGCAGUUCCGACCCCCAAUGGGUGGCUACUGCCUGGAGUUUCCGGCAGGGCUCAUCGACGAUGGGGAAAGCCCAGAAGCAGCUGCUCUUCGGGAGCUAGAGGAAGAAACUGGCUACAAAGGCGAUGUUGCUGAAUGUUCUCCAGCUGUGUGCAUGAAUCCAGGCUUGUCGAACUGUACCACACAUGUUGUGACAGUGACCAUCAAUGGAGACGAUGCUGCAAAUGUAAGACCGAAGCCCAAUCCAGGGGAUGGAGAAUUUGUGGAAGUGAUUUCUUUACCAAAGAAUGACCUACUGACUAGACUGGACGCUUUGGUAGCAGAAGAACAUCUUACAGUGGAUGCCAGGGUCUACGCCUAUGCUCUGGCACUGAAACACGCGAACUCGAAGCCAUUCGAAGUGCCCUUCCUCAAAUUUUAAGGCCAAGGACACUGGCCAUGUUUUGUAAAUGAGACCAUAAGGCCUUCACCGUUCAAUGUAUUCAAUUAAGUUUAAUGUAGAUCGGAAAUCAGCUUUUUCAUAAAAUAAAAGCAGCCCAGACUGCAUGUGGCAUGGAAUUAUAAUUACAGAGAAGAUGUAACCUUCAUUUAAACUUGUUAAAUGCUCAUGAGAAAGAACAUAAAUGUAGAUAUGUAUGUUAAGAUUUUUUAAACUUCACCUAGUCUAGAAGGUGAGGGUAUUUCUCAGGAAUAGACUUAAGCUCCAAAUUAGGUCAGCUAUUUCCAUCCUCAACUCCUAAAAUAAAAAUUAUGUACUUAGGUCUGCAAAUAGCUAUUUAUUAGAUUCAAAAUAAGAUUUUGAUUAGAUUUCAAAAGAAGAGGGUUAGGUUUUGUUUUGAGACAAGGUCUCACUCUGUAGCUCUAACUGGCCUGAUACUUGCUUUGUAGACCAGUCUGCCUUUGAACUCCUAGAGAUCCUCUGCCUGUAUCUGCCUCUCCAAGUGCUAGGAUUGAAGGUAUGCACCACCACACCUGGCCAAAAUAAGAGUUUUAAAAGAGAGACUCUGAAAGGAAAUUAAUUGGCUUCUCCUAAUUCUAAUUGAUUUGCCUUAUGGAAUUUGGGUACUUUAAAUGUAAAGUCAACAGAGAAUAACAUUUGCAGUAAAUAUUUAGCUACUUGUGGUACAUGCUUGUAAUCCACCUUCUUGGGAGGCUGAGGCAAGAUCAUAAAUGUGGCCAGCCUGGGCUGCAUAAUGAAACUUUAUCUCAAAAAUAACUUUUAAAAUGUAUUUGAUAUCCUUGUAAGAUCAUUUAAUUCCUAAAACAUGCCAAGACCAAUGCUUCCGUAGUGAACGUGGUCAACUCUUAAUAUAUUAAAGGCUAAAUAAAGCUAAGAGACGGAAAACUCAGGGCCCUUCCUGCAGUGUGCAUGUACUUUAAUUUCCUGUCCUUACCUCAGAACAUUGUCCACUAAAGCUAAUCCAUAGGAAGAUUGGCAUCGACUCCAGGUGUAUAUUGACGUCAACAGGCAUGGGUAUAGGGAGAUAUAUUAGCCAGCUAUCUGAAAGGUAAAACUAUACUGGGAAUGCAACAAUGAUUUCCAUCCAGUGCAUGGAAAACUCAUCAGCCAACAGUUCUGCCAGUGUCCUUGUUCUGGUGAGCUCAGCUAUUGUGUUGACUACUGUAGCAGCUCAAGGAUUGUUGUCUUGCAGCUCAGCCUCUAGCAGCAUUCUCAGCAUGAUGCUUGUUGACCAGCUCAGUAUGUUUGCAGCUGGAUCCAGGUCAAGGCAAACUCUCUGAACCUUACAAAGUGAUUUACCCAUGUACAGUCAGGAUCCAUGCUAAGUGUUAUCACCAACAGGUAUUUUUAUGAAAAAGUAUAAGCUCUUUCUACAAAUCUUUAUAUUGGACUUGAGUAUGGAAAUAAUUCUGGAAUUUUAUAAACCAAAUCUGCUUUCCUAAUGAAUGUGAAAAUUAAGACCCACCUUUUUUAUACAACAGUAGCCUUCCCUAUGAUUUUAACACUUUAAAAAAAAAAAAAAACUUGUUUUCUAAUCACAAGCAUGAUAUCUCUCCAAAGAUACUAGUUUUUCCCAUGAGUUCCCCAGGAUCUUUCUUUCCCCAUGUUGCUUCAUCCUCUCAAAUGAAGAAACAGGCUCCAUACAUUCAUCCUCUCCAUGGGGCAACUCUGGAGCCAGGUGCAAUGGGAAUGGCCUUUGGUAUUGGCCAGGACACAACAUUUGUCCCAUUCUCCCUGGCCUUUGUGUCUCUUUGUUCUAGAAGUGCAACUGAGCAGGAACAAGUACCUCCUAGACUUGUCCUUAGUGCCAUUUGUAUCACCUGUGCACCUCAGAAGGACCUGCUUUGGAGGUGAAGUGAGACUCAAGAGGGCUGGCCAUCUGACAUCUUCACUCCUCCCAAACUGGUUAUUUGCCUACAUUUCUAAGGAAGCUGCCCUAUUGCAUUCCUCUGUAAACACACAAAAUGGGUCCUAAUGCCCCGGGGUGUUUCCGGUGCCUGACUUCAUUCACCUCUGUAGUUAUCUGACUUCAUGAUCCAAGCUAAGUCAGUACUACCUCCCAUUCCUACUAAGGAAAUCAAUGAUUGAAAACUGUACUUCUGAAAAUAACUUAAAAAUUAAAUUUGAUAAUUUUUUUGGAAAAUAAAGUAUGCACUCUAAAAAUGCUAGAGUAUGUUUUGAGACACUUUGCCUGUCCCUUUCUAAAUAUGCAUGAACACCCUUCAACUGCCACUGCCCUUCAGGAAUUUACAACUGAAUUAUGACUACAUCUAACUUCUUUAAGCAUAUCUGGAUGGUUUCCAUAGAAAAUACAAUGAGUCUACAAAAUUAAUCUUAAGAGAACAUUUAAUACCACAUCUCUUUAUUUUUCCAACACAACUGCAACAGUUUUAUUAAAUAAAACUUUAUUGUCUACUGUUUA